GGAACUAGGCGACUUCUCGAAGAUCCCCAGCUUGCGGGCCCGGAGCGCAGUCCUAACUGCGCGGCGGAAGCUAGUGCUCUCUUGUCCAGUCUGCGUCCUUCCCUGGGCGGGGCUGCCACUCUUGCUUGUCCGUUUCCUCAUGGCGCUGCUCCGACGCCAGACGGUGUCCACCGAUUUAGAGAAUAAUGACACGGGAGUUAAUUCUAAACCUAAAAGUCAUGUGACUAUCAGGCGGGCAGUUUUAGAAGAAAUUGGAAAUCGGGUUACAACCCGAGCCAUACAAGUAGCUAAGAAAGCCCAGAACACUAAAGUACCUGUUCCACCCACCAAAACAACAAAUGUCAAUAAGCACCCGAAACCUACUGCUUCUGUGAAACCAGUGCAGAUGGAUGUGUUGGCUCCAAAGGGUCCUUCUCCCACACCUCAGGACAUCUCCAUGAAGGAAGAGAACCUCUGCCAAGCUUUUUCUGAUGCCUUGCUCUGCAAAAUUGAGGAUAUUGAUACCGAGGACUGGGAGAACCCUCAGCUCUGCAGCGACUAUGUAAAGGAUAUCUACCAGUAUCUAAGGCAGCUUGAGGUUCUGCAGUCCAUAAACCCACAUUUCCUGGAUGGGAGAGACAUAAACGGCCGCAUGCGUGCCAUCCUGGUGGACUGGCUGGUGCAAGUGCACUCCAAGUUCAGGCUGCUGCAGGAAACGCUGUACAUGUGCGUUGCCGUCAUGGACCGAUAUUUACAGGUUCAGCCAGUCUCUCGUAAGAAGCUUCAGCUGGUUGGCAUUACGGCACUGCUCUUGGCUUCCAAGUAUGAGGAAAUGUUUUCUCCAAACAUCGAAGACUUUGUUUACAUCACUGACAAUGCUUAUACCAGUUCUCAAAUUCGAGAAAUGGAAACUCUGAUUUUGAAGGAACUGAAAUUUGAGCUGGGUCGACCGUUGCCGCUACAUUUCUUAAGGCGGGCAUCGAAAGCUGGGGAGGUCGAUGUUGAACAGCACACUUUAGCCAAAUACUUGAUGGAGCUGACUCUCGUUGACUAUGAUAUGGUGCACUAUCACCCUUCCAAGGUGGCGGCAGCUGCUUCCUGCCUGUCCCAGAAGGUUCUAGGCCAAGGAAAAUGGAACUUAAAGCAGCAGUAUUACACCGGCUACACAGAGAGCGAGGUGCUGGAGGUCAUGCGGCACAUGGCCAAAAACGUCGUGCGUGUCAACGAGAACAUGACCAAGUUCACCACCAGGGGCUGGAGCAUACAGAUAAACCCUGAGAGCUGACGGCCUUUACAACAAGGCCAUCAAGAAUAAGUAUGCAAGCAGCAAACUCCUGAAGAUCAGCACGAUUCCUCAGUUGAACUCAAAAGCCAUCCAGGAGCUUGCCUCACCUCUGCUGGGACGGUCCUAGGCUCCAGGGCCCUGGGGAAGAGUGUGUCAUUUGUGCACUUUGUCUUGCUGAUCUGGAAUUCCUGAGUUUGUAUAUAGUCCUCUGGUCUAUCUCAUGAAACCUCUUAGACCAGUUUUCUAAAUGUAUAUUGAGGAAAAAUAAAGCUAUCAAUUUUCUUAAGGUA